AUGCGGCGAAACAAAGUACUUUUCGAUCCAGAUUUUGUGGAGAAUGAAAGCGUGUUACAAGCAAGUUGGCGGUUUCACCAAGAAGCCAUGUACGCUCUGCAAGUACGUGAUGAAAACAGGAAAAGGAUGGCAAUUGAUAGACGAAAGGAGGAGUGGCUGCCGCCAGCAAGAGGAUUGUUCAAACUUAAUACGGAUGGAGCAAGAAAUGCUUCAAAAGGGUUAGCGACUUGUGGAGGCGUAAUCCGGAUGAAUAUGGAUGUUGGGUUCAAGGGUUCACGAAAACUAUUGGGAUUUGUUUCGAUUCUUGAUGCUGAGUUGUGGGGUUUUUAUGAGGGACUAUGUUUGGCCCAGAGCAUAGGAAUUCGACAACUUUGUGUUGAAAACUCCAAAGAUGCAAGCUCAAGUUUAGCUUUACUCCAAGGGAAAGUAACUGUGUUGCGGACGCAAUGGCAAUGUUGGCAAGGAAGAUGGAAAGUAACCGUUGAGGAAGUGCGAAUACUGGUUGAUGAAGAUAGGAAAGUUUGGCACCAGUUCCAAGUGAACAGCAGAAGAGGAAGACAGACUCCUCCUGUAGGCUGUUUAGCUAAUUAG